CCUUUCCCUCAACGACAAGAAUAGAGCCAGUUCUUCACUGUGGACAUAGCAAGGCUGCAAGAAGAUGUAGACAUAUGUAGACAUCGCAAUUACUACCUUCCCCUGUGAUUGUUAUGAAUUUGUCUCUGUAACAGCCCCGGGGCGCAGGGCUAGUGUGAAGUCUACCAUGGGAACUCAGACAUUAUGGUGUCAGAAAAACCUCUGCAGAAGAUGAAAGCAGUCUCUUUUACGCAGCAGUGAUGGAUUUUCAGAAUCCAACGCCUUGCAACAUUCAGUCAUCCUUCCACAUGACAACGUACUAACCUCAACCAAGGAUUUUUGGUCAGAGGAAAGAGGAGGAAAUUUGGGCACAGGGCAUUACAAAUCCAAAGUUUGACCUUUCCAGGAAUGAAAUUGGGGGAUAAUGCUAUGCCACGAGUGAUAGAAGGUUGGCAGUGAUAAUUGCUCAGUCGAUUAAUCAUUUUUAAGCUGAGGUCAAAGGAUUGUUCUAUUUUGCAAACUAAAAGUACUAAGGAUACUGGACAAAGACAGAAAUAUGGAGAUACCAGACAGUCGUAGAUCUACAAUUCCACUGAAUUUAGGGUGAUCGCGUGUGGUCUAAUUUUGGUUCACACUGCUACUUUAUGCCGUUGGUGAGAGCUGCGGGUGAGACAGAGUCCACUGUUAAAUAUUACUUAACACGAAUGCCUAGCAACAUCUUGUGAACAGCUUGAUUAGUUUCCAAUCAGUUCCCGGAAAACCCCAUGCAAAAGGCAACUAUUCAGAAUUCCAGGUUAAAACGGAUAUCAGCACACAGUCUUUUUACAGUUACUCCAAAUCCCACAGAGGAAAUGUCAGAACAAAUGCUCAUGAGGCCCAAAGCCCCUCAGUCCAGUGACUUGAAUUUAGCUCGAAGACUAAACAAGCUUUGGAAAUACAUUGAUGCAACGGGCCUUCAGAAAAGCAUGGAGGACCUGUGUGCCCAGCUGCUGAACAGGACAGAGCUGCCAUGCAACCCAUACCUGGGGUUUGUCCAUCGACUGCACCAGCAGGCAGAACGAUUUCGCUUAAACAACACCUUGUCGAUUGAAAGAAUCCUUUCUGAUUUGAACUUCCCAACAUUUUCCACAGCCGUUGGAUACAUAUCAGGUUCCAGGAAUUCUACCCAUGUAUGGGGCCUGCCCAGCUUGUUACGCUGUGUCUCUCCAGCUCAUAUUAAACAAUACAGCUGGUUAGUGGAUGAUGUUACACCUCCCCUGGCUACCCUGCAUCAUACAAGUACUUGCACCGUCCAGGUGCUGUGUGCACUCACAGGAUCGAGCAUAUUUACAGGAACUUUCUAUGACCUCCCCACUUCUGUCGAUAUCCUCAUAAUUUUUGUUGUCAUUGGUCCAAGCUACCAGAAGGCCAUAUCCCUCUAUGCAGAGUGCCUCCGGAAUGAUAUCAUCAGAAUGGUCCAAGAGCAGAAGCACAUUGUCUUCAGGUUAAUUGUUCCAAUUGACAAAAAUGGACAAAGUAAAGACUUCUCCAAAGAUGAGUUAUUGAACCACAAUGAGACUUUCUACACCAACGUCCUGGCUGCUGUCUCAGAAAAGCAGCUCAUCCGACUCGAGUGUCUCUGGCAACUGAAUGCCACUGGCGAUGACUUUCACAGGGGCUUGAAACUCUACGGCCUGAGUGUGGUUCAGUCCUCUGAGGUGCUUGGAAAUGAGAGGAGUUUUGAUUUCUCGGAGCAACCUCUCAUCCACAUGUACACCAGUGUCUUCCUCCAACGGACCCAUGCUGAAGCCUAUCAUGGGUUAUUUGUCCUGAGAGAACAGGCGACAGAUAAAGACUUGCAACAACCACAGACUAAAGCUUCAUAUAAGACUCCAGGUGAUGAACAGGCAAAGCCUGCCCUGAAUCGCAUUUCAACCCCUUCCAAGGUGCCACUUCAUGGGUUUCAGUACACACACGAAUCAGACUCCAGCAGCAUCCUGGAACCUAUCAGAAAGAGUAUGAUGCGGAGAAUUGCCUCCACUCCUAUGAUCACAGGAGCCUUCGACAUCGCUCACCUCUCCAUACUGAUCAUUCUCAUGGAAUUGGGGAAUGUUGGAAAUCAGGAACAUGGACCUCAGAUGACAGACGAGGAUCAAGGUCUGCAGGAGGCAUUGAUACAGCUUGACAGGUUCUUACAUGGUUCAGCCUCUCAGAUGUGGACCAUCCUGAAUCUAAUCCAGACCAUCUGCAUCCUACUAGAAUCGGACAAUGUGGAGGUCAAACGUGGGAAGAUCUACUCAAGCUUGGCAGGGAAAAUUAGAAAACUGCUCUUGGACUUCCUGAGAUUUGAUUACCGAAGUGUCUCGUCCAAUUUCAAAAUUCUCAGUAAAGCUUUGAAGAAGGGAUUGGAGUCAGCUUUGGACAGUUUAUCUGAAACACCCCACAGCAAACUGCUGGACAGCUUCAAAAUGGUGUUGUGGUAUGGAAUGGUGUCACUCAUUCAAUCAGUGGAGGACUCACUACCCUGGGUUCCAGUGCUAACUGAUAUGAAGAGACAAGCAGAUACUACCUUCCCCACAACAAGCCCAGAGAACAAUCAGGUGACUGGCAACAGUAAAUGUUCUCCCCAUGACACAGCAGGGCUUCUAUACAAUAAGGACUGCUACAUUAAUGUGUCUGAAAGUGCUUCGAAUGUAAAAGCUCCUGGACUCAGUCAUCUGGAUGCUGUCCUCACAAAGUACUGUGUUGAUUGCCGGCUGGACUGGCACUGGGAGCAGUGUUUACAAGGAAUCUUGUCAGAAUCAACUCUCCCCCCAAAUCCUUAUCCAGUAGUAGCUUCCGAAUUCAUAAAGGCUUCCCUAAGGAUGGACCUCUGGCAAAAGAAAGAUGAGGAAAUUAUCCAUCAGACGCUUCAGUCAACGUCUAAAUUUAUUGAUUGUGGAAACUACAUCUUUCAGGUCCCAGGUUUAGAAGUGUUUGGUUUGAAAAGUGCUCUAUGCCCAUUAAAUCCAAACAAAUUUGAGACUGUGCUCGGGCUGAUUACUUUGAUGGGAAAUAAGGACAUCCCGCAUCAGUAUCAAAGCUUCAAGGUAGCAGCCAGCCUAGGGGUGAACUCUUCAGCGACCUGGUUUGGGUCAUUAAGUCCAUUCCUUGACAUUUUGGAACUGACUGAAUUCUACUACUUGAAAGGUCCUACAGGCUGUGACAGAGAAGCACUUCAGGCGUAUGCUAAAAUAGUGCAGAGUCACCUGGAGGAAUUGCAGCAGCAGUUGAAGGGAGCACUGACGUUUACAAUGUGGCUUUCAGAGAGUCAGAGCUGGAGUGCUUCGGACAUCCUGACCUACCCAUCAGCAUUCAUAGAAGCUUUUGUGGGAAGUGCCGAGAAUGGGCGCCCAACAUACUUGAAGGUGCUUCUGUCCACUGCUGGCUUAUCGUGGUGUUACCUCCCCAUCGUGAAAUAUUUUGUGCUGUACUAUUUUGAGGAUCGAGAGGAAAGCUGGAGGUCUUAUCCCCAGCACGAGCCUGUGGCCAUUUACCAAAACGUUUUCCUUUCCAGGGAUGCUGCAGCAUUUCACUGCCAGAGAGUCGGCCCAGUUGGAGAUCCUUUCAACACUACUAACCAGCAAGAAGUGAUGGCAGGAUUGGAUCCUCAAAUUCACAUGAGUUUCGUGAAGGAAGAUCUUCUAAUGACCUAUAGGUUAGCAGCGGUGAAGGGUCUGAUUGCUCAGCACUUGGACACUAUCCCAGCAUGCUGGCGUAUGAUGCACAGUGUAGCAGCUCAACUUCAGCAUCUCAAUAGACUCAACGAAACCAUCCAGGAACUCCUAUUACUUGAAGCAAGGAAUGGCAUUAAAUCAAGGAAGGUGUCUGCUGACACGCUCAAUUCCUCACAGCCCAACCUUUCAGAGGAGGCACUGCUGAGGUAUCAGACACUGCUACAAGUUACACUCGAAAGCCAAAGCUGCCCGGCACCCCAUAACCUGUCGGAGAUCGCUCUUACCAGGAUCCGGAUGGUCAAUGUCAGGAACAGCGUCAGUGGCUGCAACCUGCUGAAAGAGGUUGCCGUGAUGUGUCAGGCUGUGUCUGACGUUGUCAUGUGGGAGCUCCACACUUUGUGCCCGGAAAUGGAGCAGCUGCUCCGGUCACUGGACAAGCAGGCCUGGACGUUGCCAGUGCCCGUCACUUCACCAGCUCCACUGAGGUCAGGGGUAGCACACGGUUCAGCAACACCAGAAACCUGGGCCAGCAAUGAAUCUGCAUCAGCUGCCAUUACUAACAAGGAAGCUCUAGAAGGCUGGUGACAACUGAAAAUGCACAUGGUGUAACAUUUCUUAAAGGAGCAUCGAUACCAGGAAUUUCUGUCUUGAAUUCCUCCGUAGCACCACUGAACUGAGUCCAAUAGAGGGGUAGAAAAUUGGGCCUUCCUUUUCCUAUUUUUCCUGAGCCAAGUUUGAACACUUUAGUGAACUUAGCUCGCUCAACUUUGAGCCUCUAUAUAUCUGGCACAGUGGUUAGCACUGCUGCCUCACAGCGCCAGAGACCCAGGUUCAAUUCCCAGGUUCAAUUCCCGCCUCAGGCAAUUAUCUGUGUGCAGUUUGCAUAUUCUCCCAGUGUCUGCGUGGGUUUCCUCUGGGUGCUCUGGUUUCCUCCCACAAUCACAAAGAUGUGCAGGUUAGGUGAAUUGGCCAUGCUAAAUUGUCCGUAGUGUUAGGUGAAGGGGUAUAUGUAGAGGAAUGGGUUGCUCUUCGGAGGGUUGGUGUGGACUUGUUGGGUUGAAGGGCCUGUUUCCACACUGUAAGUAAUUUAAUCUAACCUAAUCACAAACAAGGAGAAAAGGUAAAUUAAAGAUUAAUGUUACUAAGACUAUCGAGCUACUAGUGCCUGGUGCUGCAAGGAGAGGCAAUGACCCGGUGAUAUUAUUGCUGGACUGUUUAUCCAGAGACCCAGGUAAUGUUCUGGGGACCUGGGUAUGAAACCCAGCUCGACAAAUGGUGGAAUUUGAAUUCAACUUUUUAAAAAUCUGAUCUCAAAGAAAAUUAAUGACCGUGAAUUGAUUGUCAGAAAUACCCAUCUGGUUCACUAAUGCCGUCGAGGGAAGGGAAUUGCCUUCCUUACCUGGUCUGGCCUACAUGUGAUUCCAGACCCACAGCAACGUGGCUGACUCUUAAAUGUCUUCUGGGAUGGGCAGUAAAUGC